AUGUCCCGGCACAUCUACACCCGACACGGGAUAGGAGACGGGCUGCAGAAGCCAGUGUUUCAGGCGAACAGAGGGACGUACUCCAGACGCAGUCGACUGAAGAGGUCCGACGGCAGCACCACGUCCACCAGCUUCAUCCUCAGACAGGGCUCAGCUGAUUCCUACACAAGCCGACCGUCUGACUCGGAUGUUUCCUUGGAGGAGGAGAAGGAGGGCGGCCGGCAGGAGAGGGAGCAGCAGGCCACCAUUCAGCUCGAAAGGGCAAAGACUAAAGCAGUGGCAUUCGCUGUGAGGACCAAUGUCAGCUACUGCGGUGCGUUGGAUGAGGAUGUUCCUGUGGCUGGCACUGCCGUUUCUUUUGAUGCCAAGGACUUUCUCCACAUCAAAGAGAAAUACAACAACGACUGGUGGAUCGGCCGCCUGGUGAAGGAGGGCUGUGACAUUGGCUUCAUCCCGAGUCCUUUGAAGCUGGAAAACAUCCGACUUCAGCAGGAGCAGAAGAGAGGACGCUUCCAUGGCAGUAAAUCCAGUGGAAAUUCCUCCUCCAGUCUGGGAGAAAUGGUGUCCGGCACAUUCAAGCCAAACCCAAACGCUGCAGGAAAACAGAAGCAGAAAGUGGCCGAGCACGUGCCACCGUAUGACGUGGUUCCCUCCAUGAGGCCGGUUGUCCUGGUGGGACCGUCGCUGAAAGGUUAUGAGGUGACAGAUAUGAUGCAGAAAGCGCUGUUUGACUUCCUGAAGCACAGGUUUGAUGGGAGGAUAUCCAUCACAAGGGUAACAGCUGACAUAUCAUUGGCCAAGAGGUCAGUACUAAACAACCCCAGUAAGAGGGCCAUCAUUGAGAGAUCCAACACCCGCUCCAGCCUUGCGGAGGUCCAGAGUGAGAUAGAAAGGAUCUUCGAGCUGGCCAGGUCCCUCCAGCUGGUGGUUUUGGAUGCAGACACCAUAAACCACCCAGCGCAGCUUAUCAAGACCUCGUUAGCACCCAUUAUCGUCCAUGUUAAAGUGUCCUCGCCCAAGGUCCUGCAGCGGCUGAUCAAAUCGAGAGGCAAAUCUCAAAGCAAGCACUUGAACGUGCAGCUUGUUGCGGCAGAAAAACUCGCACAGUGUCCUUCUGAGAUGUUUGAUAUUAUUUUGGAUGAAAACCAGCUGGAAGAUGCGUGUGAACACCUGGCAGAGUACCUGGAGGCGUACUGGCGCGCUACACACACCUCACUUAGCACGCCACUCAACCCCCUGCUGGGACGCAAUCUGGGCUCCACCGCUCUCUCACCGUAUCCUGCUGCCAUUCAGGUGAACUCUGCCCAAAGAAACCGGAACAGCAACCACACAACGACAGACCACUCUCCCGUUGAGCGUCGCAGCCUGAUGCCCGCCGAUGAGAACUACCACAACGAGCGUGCACGGAAGAAUCGCAACCGUCUGUCCUCAGGCUCACAGCACAGCAGGGACCACUCUCCCCUGGUGGAGGAGGACUACCAGGACCCCUACCAGGACUCUUACAAGCCUCAUCGUAACCGAAGCUCCCCGGGAGGCUACAGCCAGGACUCCAGGCACCGGCUUUGAGUUACGA